UUAUGCAGACCAGCAAACAAACGAGAAGUCGAAGAAAACAGGAGCGGGAAGGAAACCGUAAUUCUCAGUGACCAUAGCGACUUCCGCUCGGAGCUCUGCUUCAUCGUCAUGGUAUAUAGGACCUAUCAACACUACCACCUCCUCAACGACAUUUCCUCUCUUUCUCCGUUCAAUUGAGUAACUUCUCUUUUUUUCUUAAAAAAAAAAAAAUUCCGGCGGGAUUACUCGAAGACGGUGGUGCCUUCAAAACUUGUCACAGAGCGAGGCUCCAAUCUGGUUGUCAUUAACCCUGGUGGUGAUGCUCAGAGUCUGCAAAUGUCAGAAUAGGCCUCGCACAGCAGGACACUCCCUCUAAUAUCCCUCACUGCAUUUCUCGCUAUACCAAUCAAUUACCCAAACUUAAUGUUAAAGAUCAGAUGCUGGAUUCUCAGGUCACAACAGCUUAGCACAUUGAUCGUGAGAAGGCAUAUGAUAUUAUUGCUUCAUUACUGAAGAUCGCUUUUCUGGGUGAAGAGGUUGCGAACAAUUCUUUUCCACGCAAGGUAGGACGUACUGACGGAUAUAAUACACAGAGUGGCAGGAAAGAUGUGGCUUUUACAUGGGCUAAUGUAUAUGAGUAGGAAACUCACUCUUCUUUGGCAUCAGACCAACAAAUGACAGCCAGAUUGAUGAGUCCUUGGAGAAGCAUGAAAGUACAGAUGCCAAGGAGCCUAGUACAAAUGAGCUUAAAUACAGAGGUUUCAUUUGUGGUGAGGAAGCACUAAGAAUACCCCCCACAGAGCCAUAUAUUGCUCACGCCACCCUAUUCGCAGGUGACACUUGAACCUUUGACAACAUCAUCCUAUGCAGCAGGUGCUUGAAGACCUUCAUGCUACUUGGGAUUGGAUUUUGGUAGAGAAACUGCAUAUUCCUCACUCUGAAAGAAACAUGUAUGCUGCCAUACUUGUUUUGCCAGAAACAUUUGACAAUCGGGGAAGACCUUGCUGCAGUUUUUGGGAAUGGUUUAUCAACAGCGUGUGUUGUAAAAAUUGGUCCUCAGGUGACAUCUGUCAUUUGUGUUAAGGAUGGAGUAGCUCUAACUAAUACAGAAAAGACUUCGCCCUUUGGUGGAGAGGUUCCAUGACUACGAGGAUAUGCUGGAAGACACAUGGCAUAUAGAAUACCCUAGAAGACCUGAGAUAUCAGAUUGUCUAUUUCCCGGCAUUUAUGUUGGAUUGUCCAUGCGGGAUAGCUAUCCAGUUUUCCCUUCUAAGCCUAAGACAGAAGAGACUGUUGGUCUUGCAGAGGCUAUCACCAGUAGCAUUCUUUCAACAGGUCAUAUAGACCUCAAGAGAAAAUUGUUUUGUAGCAUACAAUUGAUCAAUGGAAUGGCUUUGACACCUGGUCUGAGUCCUGCAGUGGAGAAGAGAGUUUUACAUGAAAUCCCCUCUAAUGAAGCAAUUGAUACAGUUGAGCGCAUAAUUGGUUCUGCAUCGAGAACAAAACAAACCCUUGUGUCCUGGAAAGGUGGAGCUAUCCUUGGAAUUCUCGAUUUUGGUCGGGAUGCUUGGAUACAAAGGGAGGACUGGAUUCGUAAUGGGAUUCACAUUGGGAGGGGUAGAAAAUACAAGGAUUCUUACCAUCUUCAAGCACAAGCAAAGUGUUAUAAAAAUUCUUAAAGGAGACGGGAAUUAAUGCUUUGAUUUAGAAUUAGCAACUUUCUGGGUAAGGCAAAGUCUAAUUCUAACUGAAGCCUUAAAAUUUAUAAAAGCUGAUUGUUGACUACUUUUCUGGGGGAAGCAUAAACUAUCAUUUGGAAGGCUCUAUGUUUCUUUUGAACAGGUGAAAGUGUGUUAAUAUUCCACCAGUGGCAUGCCCAAACAUGUGCUUUUCCAUUGGCAUCAUCUACAGCUAUGGCAUUUUACCUUGUACAGCAUAAGUAGUUUUGCAUUCUUUCCUUAAGAUUGAAGAGGCAUGCAUAUUAUACUUGGGGAGAUGAAGAACUGUUUGGCUUUUUAUUUGUGCAGCUGCUAAAUGGCAGGUUCUGUCCAUAUUCUUGUUGUAGAAGGCUGAAUUUCUGAGCUUAAUUGAUCCUAAUUGCAAAAGAUACCAUCAAAUUUGUCAAGCUUGUAUACAGUUUGUCUAAUCAUUUGUAGUUUGUAGGGCUAAAUAAGCUUCCAUUUCCUGAUUUUUUUUCCCCUACCUGUGUGCCACAGCUUUGGAACCUGGAUGUGAACUUCAACAAAAUAUUUGGCCUUACUUUAUGAAUAGUUUGUGACAAAUGUAUGUGUAUCGCUGUUAAACUGUAAGAUGAUUUUGAUAAUUGAAAAUAAGUCAACAUUUUCUGACCAUAA